AGCAAUCUCUACUAUUGCCCUCCUCCAUAGUCAUCCCUUAAUUUAAGUUGUAUUUAAGAUUGGACCAGCAAGUUUGAUAUUUUUUUUCUUUUAUCUCGUGCUUUUGGUUUUUGGAUGUGAGAUAGAAAUGGUGGAGAGUAUGAAAAAAGUGGCGAAACUUGAUUGCGAGCUGACGGUGGAAGAAAGGAACCUACUGUCGGUGGGAUACAAAAACGUGAUCGGGGCACGAAGAGCCUCAUGGCGGAUCAUGUCUUCCAUUGAACAAAAGGAGGAAUCCAAAGGGAACGAAGAGAACGUGAAGCUGAUCAAAGGGUACCGUCGAAAAGUAGAAGAAGAGCUUUCCAACAUUUGCACUGACAUUUUGAGUAUCAUUGAUAAGCAUCUCAUCCCUUCAUCUUCCUCUGGUGAAGCCACUGUUUUUUACUACAAGAUGAAAGGUGAUUACUACCGGUAUGUUGCUGAGUUCAAGACAGAUCAGGAGAGGAAAGAAGCUGCUGAGCAGUCUUUGAAAGGUUAUGAGGCUGCUUCUGCUGCUGCAAACACUGAUCUUCCUUCAACCCAUCCAAUUCGUCUGGGCCUUGCCCUUAACUUCUCUGUGUUUUAUUAUGAGAUAAUGAAUUCACCUGAGAGGGCAUGUCAUUUGGCUAAGCAAGCAUUUGAUGAAGCCAUUUCGGAGUUGGACACUUUGAGUGAGGAAUCAUACAAAGAUAGCACCCUAAUUAUGCAGCUUCUGAGAGACAACCUCACCCUCUGGACCUCUGAUUUGCCUGAAGAUGGAGGUGAAGACACCGUAAAAGGUGAUGAUACUAAAUCUGUGGCCAAAUCUGAGGCAAAAGCCGAGAAACAUUGAUAAAGAAAAUCUGGGAGCCAGAAUUUGGGGGGGGGGGGGAUUCAAUGUUUAAAAUUUUCUAGUACUCUGUGUCUAAAUUGGCUUCUUAUAACUGUUCUUACAAGAGGAUUGGAUCAACCAGUUUAGCCCUUUUACAA